AUGAAUGACGACUUUGCUGCAGAUUUCUGGACAUCAAGGAAUGAGACUGAAUUACAAGUAUUGCUUGCCUUCAAGGCUCGAAUACCAGUUGAUCCUUAUGGGGUCUUCACCUCCUGGAAUGGUUCUCAACAUUUCUGCAACUGGCAAGGAGUAACAUGCGGUCGUCGGCAUCGAAGGGUGACCGCCUUGCGGAUAUCAUCACUCAAGUUGGCAGGUGACCUUUCUCCUCGCAUAGCCAACCUCACCUUCCUUAGGGUUAUCAACUUAAACGGAAAUGCACUCGGAGGGGAAAUACAAGAUGAGCUAGGUUCUUUGUCUAGGAUCCAAAUUCUUCUACUAGCAGCAAACAACUUCAUAGGAACAAUUCCCACUUCAUUAGGGAAUAUCUUCUCUCCUAUAUCUUUCCAUGGUACGGAAUCACCUCGAAGGAAACAUUCCUACGGAGCUCGGGCAACUCUCAAUCUUGAAAUUUCUUCAGUUGUCUAUAAACAAGCUCUCUGUUUUCUCACUUCAUUGAUUAAUGGCACCAAUCUUAAUCAAUUAUGGUUAUCCAAAAACAACCUCACAGGUGUUUCUCCAGAUUCAAUUGGAAAUCUCUCUACAAAUCUCAAUCAAUUACUGAUUGGAGCCAACUACAUAUCAGGUGUCAUACCGAAAGAGAUAGAAAACCUUGUAGGCUUGGAGUUCCUUGCAUUAUAUGAAAACAUGCUGACAGGCAGCAUCCCUGAUUCUAUUGGAAAACUUUCCAAGUUGAAAUAUUUAUAUGCUUACAGAAACAAUAUCAUAGGGGAAAUUCCUCAUUCUUUGGGAAAUCUAUCUCAACUGAUUGUUCUCAGCCUAUUUGAUAAUUUGUUAGGAGAAAUACAUGCAUUUUUGGGUAACUGCAGUUAUUUGGGUAACUCUUUUGAAGGAACUAUUCCCUCUUCAUUCCAAAUAUUACGAAGCAUACAAGUUCUUGAUGUUUCCCACAAUAAUCUGUCAGGCCUAAUACCAGAGUUUCUGGGCUUUGAAGGCAAAGUGCCGACAAAAGGAGUGUUCAACAACAUCAGUGCAUUCUCGGUCAUUGGAAACAGCGAGUUAUGCGGAGGGAUUAGGCUGCUUCGAUUACCUGAUUGUCCAACAAAAAUUGCAAAGGAAGUGAAGAACUUUUCACUUAGAGUGAUAAUUGCGACUGACAGUUUCUCUUCAGCCAACUUAAUUGGUAAAGGAAGAUAUGGUUCAGUGUAUAAAGGGAUUCUAAGUUCUGAUGAUCAAACAGCAGUUGCUGUGAAACAUGUUUACGGGAGAGUUGAGCCUACGUAUGUUAAAACAGCCAUGCCUGAUCAUGUGGCGGAGAUAGUUGAUACUCGGCUCAAUUUUGAAGAUGAAGCAGCCGUCAAUCAAAAUGGUCAAAGCAGCAGAGGCAUCGACAACAUCUGGAAAUGCUUGGUCUCGGUUCUUAGCAUAGGAGUGUCAUGCUCGGCUGAUUCGCAAAAUGAAGAAUGA